AUGGGCCCCCGUACCGACUCCUCUUGCUGCUGCCAGGCCCGUAAUCUGUCAUGGGCCCCUGUACCGCCUCCUCAUGCUGCUGCCAGGCCCGUAAUCUGCCAUGGGCCCCCGUACCGACUCCUCAUGCUGCUGCCAGGACCGUAAUCUGUCAUGGGCCCCUGUACCGCCUCCUCAUGCUGCUGCCAGGUCCAGAGUGUGUCAUGGGUCCCUGUACGGCCUCCCAUUGCUGCUGUCUCCAUCGCCACACUCUGCCAUGUGCCACUUUCAGGUCUCCUCACACUGCUGGUGGGUUCCAUUUUGUCAUAGGGUGCUGGCAGAUUUCGGGCCUCCCAUUGCUGCUGCCAGGCCCGUAAUCUGCCAUGGGCCCCCGUACCGACUCCUCAUGCUGCUGCCA